AACGGGAUCGCAAGCAUUGCACGUCUCUGCGAGCUCGUAAAUAGCUCCAUAGCAAAUCGCAAUUCUUUAUGAAACGGGAUCCAGAGGUUAGCAGGUAACAAGGAUGAGCACCCAUUUCCCUGAAGGAAGUGGGCGUGGUCAGGAGAAUGAUGAACACUGAAAUUGCAAACCUCAGCUAUAAAUGCAGACCUUGUAUUGAAUGAGCAGUCAUCGAAUUGAAUGGGCAGACCUUGAACUGAAUGUUGAGUACUCAAAUUGAAUUUCAAAUUGAAUUUCAAUUUGAGGUAUGCUUAUAUUUAAUAAUUGAUGCUUGGACAUUUUAAUAUUCGCUGCUUGUAUUUAAUAGUUAAUGCUCGCACAUUUUAAUACAGUAUUCGAUGCUUGCACAUCCUUUAUUUAAUUUGUGUUACUUUCACCUCCCAGCAGAUUUACUGCUGGAUUGCUGAGCUUGCUGGGAAAUGGGGAAAAAGCUCCCACAUCCGGGCAAUCACAGUGACAGACAAGAGCGAUCCGGCGACACGGGGACCAAAAAAAAAAAAAAAAAAAAAAAAGAAAGGAAUAACAACGCUAAAACAAAGAGUACACUCUAAUACAGUAUUUGGAGCACAGUUCGUUAUAAACAGUUGUAACCACUUUGUGUAGGAAUAGAGUACCCCUCUAAGCUGGACCCCUGGGAAACUCGGUGAGUGUUGGUAUUCUUUGUGAAGUAUCGGCUUGCACAGGCCCGGUUGUCUGUUGUGGUGGAAGUAGCAGCGCUUUGCGACUCUGUGAAGCUGUGGGAUUGGGAUCGGGAUCUUCUGGGGGUUUCCACGGGGUAACUGCAUCGAGGACGCAGGGGGCACAUGAUGUAACUUUUUCUGGAACACCAAAUGUGAAGAAUAACACGUUGCCAAGAGAAAUUGUGAUUUUUGUGACCAUCAGCGACGUUCAGUUGCUGACUGUGUGGAGGUCCCUUGGCUGAGGUUGCUCACAUACAUGUUUUUUCAUGAAGAGAGGGGAGAAACCCGAAGGACACAGACAGAUGAGGCCGAAAACCUUCCCUGCGAGCAACUACACUGGCAACAGUCGGCAAAUGUUGCAGGAGAUCCGGGAGAGCCUGCGCAACCUGUCUAGGCCGUCCGAUUCUGCCAAAACAGAGCAGGGCUCUGGUAAAGGAGUGACUGAGGACCCCAGGCAGCAGGGCAGGAACAGCAACCCCAAGUUUGUCACCUACCACAAAGCCCUUCAGGAGAUCCGCAACUCACUCCUUCCCUUUGCGAAUGAGACCAGCUCCUCUGGAAGAGGAGGCUCAGAAGUCAACAGACAGAUGCUACAGGAUUUGCAAGCGGCUGGGUUUGAGGAAGAGAUGGUCAUUCUCGCUUUGAAACAAACCAAUAGUCGAAGUUUGGAGGCAGCCAUUGAAUACAUCAGUAAAAUGAGCUACCAGGACCCUUGGAGGGAGCAGAUGGUGGCUGCUGCUGCAAGGCCAGUCAAUGCAGGGAUGAAAGCGCCAGGUUCAGGCCAUGUUCAGCAGCCGAUCAACCGCAAGCAGAGCUGGAAGGGUUCAAAGGAGUCUUUGGUUCAGAGACACGGGCCUCCCCUAGUGGAAGGAGUGAUGUACUGCUCUGAUAGCCCCGGUCCACCAUCUGAAAUGGGCGUACGGCCCCUGUCAGGCUCAGGCCUAACAGCUUUCUCCCAGGUUCACCAGGGAAACGGGCAGCGUGUCAACCCUCCCCCGCCUCCACAAGUGCGGAGCGUUACACCUCCUCCUCCCCCACCCAGGGGUACCACACCACCCCCACCUUCCUGGGACACCAACCCCUCGACCAAACGCUUUUCAGGCAACAUGGAGUACCUGGUGCCUCGCAUCUCUCCAGGCCCCCAGGGGGCCUGGCCGGAGGGCUACCCAGCUCCACCUCCACCAGGUCAGCGAGGCAUUAGCUCUGUGCCCUUGGGCUGGCAGCCUAUCAUCAUGCAGAGCUCCGGGGGAACCAAGUUCAGCUUUCCACCUGGCUGGUCUCAGAAUGGGACAGGCCAGCCAGACUUCCUAGGCCCCCCACCACCUUACUCUAUGUCCCAGGCCAGCCGACAGAGCCCCCCCGCCUCACAAAUGCAGGCUGGAGGACCAGCCUCCUCGCCCACCUAUGCCAAUGGUAACAACCUCCCCCAGUCAAUGAUGGUGCCCAGCAGGAACAGUCACAAUGUGGACCUUUACAUUGCCGGUAUCCCCUCCUCAUGGCCCCAGCCUCCUCCCCCCAGCCAGCCUCAAGCCUCCACAGGUAAUGGUGGGCAUGAAAUUCCUACCUCCUGGCAACAAAAACUUCCUGUGCGCUCCAACUCCUUUACAAACCCCCAGCUGAGUGGCCGUCAGAGCCAUCCAGCCAGCUCCCAACCCUCAGCCACCACUGUGACUGCCGUCACCCAGGCGCCCAUCCUCAAACCUGUCAAGAGCAUGCGCGUACAAAAGCCUGAGCUACAGACGGCCGUGGCACCCACUCACCCUCCCUGGAUGCAGCAGCCACCCCCUCCAUCUGGCUCAUACCAGGAGGCUCCUCCUUCCAUGGGUCAGUCUCCUGUGGUUGCCGAAGUCCCCAGUUACCAGGGCCCCCCACCGCCCUACCCCAAACAUCUACUCCAGCAGCCCAAUCAGCCCUAUGACUCCUCUGCUAAGUUAGGCAGCAGUAAAGAGGACCAGGGUGGCAGAGCUGGAAGAAAGGAACAAGAGGAUAGCAGCAGUGGGAGUGCUAAUGACAGGGCAGAGGUCACCGAAGGAGCAGUAGGGAUGUCUGCCGGAUCAGUAGACAAGGAGAAGAAGCAGAUCACUACAUCGCCGGUGCCAGUCAGGAGAAACAAGAAGGAUGAGUCGCGCAUUCAGAUCUACUCCCCGCAGGCCUUCAAGUUCUUUAUGGAGCAGCAUGUGGAGAACAUCCUAAAGAAUAACCAACAGAGAUUACGACGCAAAAAUCAGCUUGAGAACGAGAUGCAGCGGGUGGGUCUCUCUGAAGAUGCUCAGGAGCAGAUGCGGAUGAUGCUGUGCCAGAAGGAGUCCAAUUACAUACGGCUAAAAAGAGCCAAGAUGGACAAGUGCAUGUUCGUGAAGAUCAAGACCCUGGGCAUUGGGGCCUUUGGGGAGGUGUGCCUAGCCAAGAAGGUUGACACCAACGCUCUGUAUGCCAUGAAGACCCUGCGCAAGAAGGACGUGCUGCUGAGGAACCAGGUGGCCCAUGUAAAGGCAGAGCGGGACAUCUUGGCCGAGGCUGAUAAUGAGUGGGUAGUGCGUCUCUACUACUCCUUCCAGGAUAAAGACAAUCUUUACUUUGUCAUGGACUACAUCCCCGGCGGGGACAUGAUGAGCCUGCUGAUUCGCAUGGGCAUCUUUCCUGAGGAGUUGGCUCUGUUCUACAUUGCUGAGCUCACCUGUGCAGUGGAGAGCGUGCACAAGAUGGGCUUCAUCCACCGCGACAUCAAGCCAGACAACAUUCUCAUCGACCGAGAUGGACACAUCAAGCUCACUGACUUUGGCCUCUGCACAGGAUUCCGCUGGACCCAUGACUCCAAGUACUACCAGAGCGGUGACCAUGUGCGACAGAAUAGUAUGGACUUCAGUAAAGAAUGGGAAGACCCAACAAACUGCCGCUGCGAGGACAGACUCAAACCUCUGGAGCGACGAGCAGCCCGACAGCACCAGCGAUGUCUAGCACACUCCUUAGUCGGGACACCAAACUACAUUGCACCAGAGGUCUUGUUGAGGACAGGCUACACCCAGCUGUGUGAUUGGUGGAGUGUUGGUGUCAUUCUUUAUGAGAUGUUAGUGGGACAACCCCCAUUCCUGGCAUCAACUCCAUUGAAAACACAACUAAAGGUGAUCAACUGGCAAGCAACCCUUCACAUCCCUUCUCAGGCCAAGCUGAGCCCAGAGGCGUCAGACUUGAUCAUCAAGCUGUGCCGGGGACCCGAGGACCGUCUGGGAAAGAAUGGGGCCGAUGAGAUCAAAGUCCAACCUUUCUUCAAGACCAUUGACUUCUCCACCGACCUGCGCCAACAGGAGCGGCCUGCUCCCUACAUACCCAAGAUCACACACUCCACGGACACCUCCAACUUUGACCCUGUGGACCCAGACAAGCUGUGGAGCAGCAGCGACGAUGGCGAGGGCAAUCUGAACGACACUCUGAAUGGCUGGUACAAGAACGGCAAGCACCCAGAGCACGCCUUCUAUGAGUUCACCUUCCGACGCUUUUUUGAUGACAAUGGACACCCCUACAGCUAUCCCAAACCCAUAGAGUAUGACGGAUAUGACCCAGAGGACCCUGACUCCGAGCACAGAGGGGAGGAUGGAUUCAGCCAGGCAGGACAUGCUGGACAGAGCCGGAAUUUAGUAUAUGUAUAGAUUAAGUGAAAGCUACCCUGCACAAACACACACACACACAUCCACACACACACACAUUGCCAGCGCCUUCUGUGUCUGUUAGCAAAGGAGGAGGGUGGAAAUUCCUUAAUAGGCUCGUAGAGAGGUUGCAUCACCUAAUGAAGCAUUACACUUAUGUGGCACUAUCUGCAACUGUUGACCAGACCUGGCUUUUUGGGGAACCUAGGCCGGGAUGUCGGAAACUGAUUGAAGCACUAUAGAGAAGGCUGCAUGAACUGGCUUCUGCUUGUGUUGUAGCUGUAUAUUUAAAAGGGGGGGUGGGGUGUGCACAGGCGCUUGUUAUGGUCCUCGAACUUGCUGUUUGAACACAGAUGUUCUAAUAAUAGUGUAAAGGCAACUAAUGCUAAAAAAAAGUAUAUACAGUAAUCCCUCGCAUAUCCGACUGCGGUGGGACCAGAGUAACGGCGGAUAUGUAAAAAGUCGAAUGAAUGAAUCCUGUUUUAAAUACCAUAUACACAGCUGUAACAAUUACUGUAUUCACACAAUUGUUUUGAGAUUUAGCUUUUAUUAGGGAGCUCCCCUAAAUCCCUUGUUUAGAAAGAUACUUGUGACAGAGUAGCCAUGUGGUUGUGUGCAUUCGCUGCUGAGUGACAGGCAGGAGAUCAAGACAGAGGUUGAAGUUGAUACGCCCUGCAGGCAAACAGGAUUUAUUUACAUAUCGACACGCUGAAAAGCUCCCGUGACUCUACCAGCAAUGGCAGCACACGGAGCAGAUACAACAGUGUACGAAAACUUUGGUAGGAUCUACAAUCUCUGAACUAAUCUUCUCUGUUCAAUAACGAACUAACGAUGCUGAAGAGGUUGAUCAUGCCAGAUAAACGGUAAGGGCGGAUACGUGUCUGAUUACUAUACUUUAUAUGAAUCACUGUUUUACAGAAUAGAAACCCCUUUCAGACUUAAUUUAUUUAAAUAUUAUAAACUGAUGGUAUUGGAAGCAUAUUCAGGAUGAACACUAAAGAUUUGACUCCAUUUAAGAUGUUUUUUCCUUUGCAAAAGUACUUAAAUUAUAUUUACAUCAACUGGCAAUGUCUUAUGUGUUUCUCACACUGGAAGUCGGUGGGGUUAAUUUGAGAAGUAGUUCCCAAUGGAUUUUGUUAAUAUGAAGUAAAUGGACAUGACAGUGCCUUUCAGAUUUAAAUUUGUUUGCUUUUACCAAAUGUAUGAAAAUGUGAAUCACCCCUGGCAUGUGUUGUUCCACACACUUUCCUUAGGUAGGUAAGAUUUAGGAGUCGUUACUAGCAGUUCAUUUUAUUUUAUUUUAUUUUUUUUAUUUAUGCAUAUAAAUGUAUUUAUAAAUGAUGUUGUAUAAAGAGUUUAAUCUGAAUGUAAAUACCUUUCUUACUUAUCCUGUUAGUUUCAGUGACAAGCAAUUUUAGGGCAGGCCCGUUUUUCUUUUCAUUUUCUUAAUCUAGCUUCUUAUUCUAGCUCACUAGACAAAAUCAUCGAGUCAGUGUGUAUGGUUCUGGAUCAUGUGAGAGUCAUAUGUCAUAUGUCAUUCCAGUUUGGCCAUCCCUCUUGAUGUCAACCACGGAAUGUGCCUUCUACAAUACAGACAAAGUACUAAAAAAUACUCCAUAUACCCUCCCUAUGUUGGGAAACACAGAAUGGACAUUGUUCUCUGGAGCUGGGAGCAGGAGCCGUUUGCUGUUCAGUGAAAAGUGGGCAUUAGCAAAUACAGGCCAAAUGUAUUUGGACCUAUUUAAACCAAAACUCAAGCUUAGCUAAACAUAUGACACUACAUUUCACAAGACUGAAUUAAAAAUGUUUUUCAUUUGGCUUAAUUCUUUCAAUCGUUCUGCCAGUUUGAAUGUAGCUCUGGAGUCUGAUAAAUGGUGUGUGUUUGUUUUUAGAGUAAUCAUGAUCUCGGAAUCGGUUCUUUGUGUAACAUUUCUGAUGGGUGGGGGGGCGGAAUAAAAAACCUUAAAGCACAA